AUGCUUUUCUUCAGCUUUUUCAAGACGCUCACCAACCAGAUGGUGACUAUUGAGCUCAAGAAUGACAUUCGCAUCCGUGGAAUCCUCAAGUCUGUCGAUCAAUACCUCAACAUCAAACUGGACGAUAUCGAGGUGCUGGACCUCGACAAGUACCCGCACCUGUCGUCCGUCAAGAGCAUGUUUAUCCGUGGAAGUGUUGUGCGCUACGUGAUGCUGCCCCGGUCAGAAGUUGACGUUGGUCUGUUGGAGGAUGCUACAAGGCGAGAGGCCGCCAACCAGGUCGGUAAAGCUCGAUAA